AUGUUUCUUUUUUAUAUCUAUUUGCAGACAAAGAAAAUAUCAAAAAUUAUUGGGAGCGAACCGCUGUCAAAGCGGUUCAAACUUAUUAUAGCAGAAGAUAUUAUCAAUGACUACAAUUUGGACGGGUCCAACGGGAAAAAGUCCCUCAGAUGCCGUAUAGGGUUAUACGGAGUUCUUAAAGGAGCGUUGGCCAAGGACUCCGAGGACCCGGACAAAUCUUUAAGAAAGGCAAUGACUAAUGUUAAAAAUAAACUUACGAAGCAAAAACACAGAAAUAAUAACUGUACAAUUUUUGAAAAUCUAAACAAUACUGUAUAA